AGACUCUAUAAGAAAUUUCCCCUCACUGAGUCCCUCUAUAACCCAGUUCGACUUGGCCCAGUCUGGCACAACCCGGCCCUGCCUGGCCAGGCGCCACGUUAUGGAGUUACUGUGGGUUCCCCUCUUGGGCUUAUGUUGCAGUUUGGCCUCCGCUGACCGACACACCGUCUUCUGGAACAGCUCAAACCCCAAGUUUCAGAAUGAAGACUACACAGUCCAUGUUCGACUGAGCGAUUACCUAGACAUCAUCUGUCCACAUUAUGAGGAUGAGUCUGUGGCCCCAGAUGCCAUGGAGCGUUAUACACUGUAUCUGGUGGAGCGUGAGGAAUACCAGCUGUGCCAGCCACAAUCCAAGGAACAAGUGAGAUGGCAGUGCAACCAGCCCAAUGCACGGCAUGGUCCUGAGAAGCUAUCUGAGAAGUUCCAACGCUUCAUCCCCUUUACCUUGGGGAAGGAGUUCAAAGAGGGACAUAGCUACUACUAUAUUUCCAAACCCAUCCAUCACCAUGGAGACCAGUGCCUGAAAUUGAAAGUGACUGUGGAUGGCAAAAUCACUCAUAGUCCCCAGGUGGAUUCCCAUCCACGGAAUGAGAAUCUGCUUCCAUCAGAUGAUGCAAAUGUCCAAGUCUUACAUAGUGUGGGACACAGUGCUACCCCUCGAACCUUUCCGGUUGCCUGGAUUGUGCUGCUUUUGCCACUCAUACUGCUUCAUACCGCUUGAGGGUGGGCAUCAAACCCAGCUUGAGGACUAGAACUGGGCUGGGGAUGGAGGGGGUGCUGACCCCUUUCCAAAGGAGAAAAUUGGAAUCCUCUGCCCAAGGAACUCCAGCCUAAGUAAAAACCUGCCACCCUGGUGGCAAGAGUCAGUAUUAGGGGUGCCAGGAAAGGUUGGCAGUGCCAAUUUGUCCUCUACCCCCACACGGUUGGGAGGACACAGCUCUCUUCAUUCCUCCUGUUUUGCCAAAGAUCAAGAUCCUGAAAUUAAACAAGGGCAGCUGCUCCUCUUAGAAGAAAGGAGCUUAUGGAUGGACCCUGGGCAUGGAACAUGCCCUCCAUGGAAGACCCAAGAGUGCUCAGGAUGGAACUUUAAAAGGAGAAGGAAGAGAAACUGAGCUUUUCAUGUGGGAAGGGGAAGAUGAGAAGGAAGCACUUUGUGGGAACUCAGUGUCUGCCUUCCCUUACACAUAACUCACAUACAAUUCCAUCUGUAAUGCCAUAUUGGCAAAAGAGGGAUACAGCCUGGGCUCUCCCAACUCAGAAGGUUUCAGAGCAAUUCCAGGCAGGCAAGGAGGGGCAGUGCCCCAACAUGUGCUGUGUAUAAGGGCAGUGCCCAGUGUAUAUAUAAUAUUUGUAUGUAAAAUCUCUCCCUGGAGAGAUUUCUACAACUAAAAUUGUUCUGUUGUUAUUGUUUUUACACAAAUUCUCUUUGUUGGAAUGAAAUUGUGUUAAUAUUCU